AUGAGCCUGUCGCCGGCGCCGGAGGAGAGCUACGCGAGGCUCGGCAUCGGCUUCGGCUUCGGCCGGAGGUGGCGGCGGGCGAGGGGGUUCCGGCUCGGCGCGAGGAACCGGUUCUCGGUGCGGCGGCUGCGGGCCAAGCUGCUCACGUUCCUGGGCCUCGUCGGCCGCCACGCGCGCCACCUCGCCAGGAGGCUCUCCAGGAGAGGCGGCGGCUCCUGCCCGCGGAACGGCAGCGCGAGGACGCUCGUGGGCGGCAACGGGUCGCAGCGGUGGUGCCCCCCGGGCGGCGAGGCGGCGGCCAGCAAGCACAAGCAGCAGCAGCAGCAGGCGCCGAGGAGGGCGGCGUCGUUCAUGCGGACCAACUCCUUCUACGCGCAGGCCAUCGCCGAGUGCCUCGAGUUCAUCAAGCGCAAUUCCGUGCCGGUCGAGGACUACGGCAGCGCCGUGGUCGCCCGCGAGAGGUGUAAACACGUUGUGAAAUUUGAGUUGCGUGUGUUGAAAUUUUUGCGGGGCUGUGAUUACUUGGCCGGUGCACGACACUCCUACUAG